AUGAAUGAUAAUUCAGAUGAAAAGACAAAAGAUGAGUUGCAAUCCUUAUUUAUCCACGAUAAACAUGGAGAUACAUAUGUGUUCAACGAGAAAUCACCACCUACACAAAACUCUUCAUCUGGUAGUGUGAAUUGGGAUUCUGCCAACCAAGAUGACAUGGUGGUUGAUUAUGAAGUUGACCCUGCUGUGGACAGUGGUAAAAGUAUUUCUUUAAACCAUCAGUGUGUUGAAGUACUUGAUCACCAAAAGUCUUCAAGUGAUUUCAUUGGUAAGCGAGUGUUAGAUAUGCAUAAAUAUUCCACUGGUCAGUCUUCUGCACUUGUUGUAAAUACAGAAAAGCCCAAGUAUCUGCAUAACAAUUGCCAUUCCCUAGAAGCAGUUGAAGACCAGCGUGUUGAUCCAUCUCUGCCUUUUGUGUGGAAGCCUGAUGAGGAUUUGAACCCUACAGACUACCCUACUGCCUUGGAGCUAAACAAAACAUUUGACGUGAAAGAUAAAGUUAACUGCACCUUUAUAAUACAUUAUGCCGUUGAAAAGAGUCAGUCUUUGCAUACCACUGGAAGUCUGCAGCCAUCUGUUAUAAGUGAAAAUACAUCUUCUUUAUCCUGUUCUGCUUGGACAUCUUCCCAUUCUGACAAGAUGCAUACGAAGGGAACUAGUUGUGAAAGAGAAAGAUUCGAAAACCCUCAAGCCACAACAUCAGAGGCCCGAGACACAACUUACACAGUAUUUUCUGAUGUGGUGAUGCAAACUGACGUUUUUGUUCCAGAUAUUGGAAAUCAGUGUCAAUAUUCUUCAGGAAAGGUUGCCAGUGAGCACACAGAUGGAUCACAGCAAAGGCUAGUUGGAGAAAAAGAGAUACAAGCUCUAACACCAGUUUCUGAUGGCAUGGAAGUCCCCAAUGGCUCUGUAUUACAAGAGUUCUUUUGUUUAUCUAAAGAUGAACCAAAUAGUGAGACACAUUCACAGAGCUUAUAUGGGCAAAAGGAAAUAGGCCAAAAUCUAAGAGAAACAGUAUCCAGUUUUAAUGAAGAUGAAUGCUCUUUACUGGUGCCAACUUUUAAUAAAAAUAAAGCCCAAGUGCUGAACCUGGAGCAUAAAGUCACUGUGACUGAAGACACACAAAUUGCCUCCAGUGAAAAGGAUUUGGGAACCAAAAGUCAUACCGUAGAACUGAUGCUAAGUAGCCUGCCAGCACAAAAGGUGGCUUCUUCAUUUGAACAGACUUGGGAUGCAAGUGAUAUGGCCAGUAGCACAAAUAGCAGGGUUUGCAUACCAGUCCUGGAACCCACAAAUGUCACUUUUUCUAUUUCACCUGUUGAAGCGAUGAAGAAAUGUAAUAAAGUAGAGAAGAAUUAUCGAGAACUUAAAAUUUUACCAAACUUGAAAGGGGCAUUUAUGAACAUGUCUAAACCUAGUCUAGGAAAAUCAACAACCAAAACGAAUACCUCUAUCGGUAGCAAAGUUAGAAAAACUGAAAUUAUAAGUUAUCCAAGACCAAACUUCAAGAAUGUCAAGGCAAAAGUUAUGUCUAGACCAGUAUCGCAGUCCAAAGACCCUGCUCUGUCAAAGGUCACACCCAAACCUCAGUUGUCCAGUGCCUUACCGCCCUCGUCAGUGUCUUCCUCAAGACAGUUGACAGUUUUGAGCAAAACACCAAGAUCUGACUUGAAUGCAGACACAAAAACAGAAAUCCUAAUUAACAAGACGCAUAAGCAGCAAUUUACUAAACUCAUUACUGGCCAGGCUGUGCAUGUUCCAACUCAUUCUAAAAAUGCUUCACACAAGGUUCCAAGAACAACAUCUGCCAUGAAAUCAAAUCAGGAAGAUCUUGACAAAGCAGGUCCUUCUAACGCAGCAUGUGAGACUGGGUCCGUAGCUACGUUUUUGCAGAAGAUCAAAGGCGUACUCCCUGGUAAAAUGGAAAGUGCAGAGUGUUUGGAAAUGACAUAUGUUUCCAACAUUGAUAGGGUUAGCCCUGAAAAGGAGGGUGAGAAAGAAAACGGGACGCUAAUGGAAAAACAAGAGCUAGCAAAGGAAAUUUUGAAUGAGACUUUUGAAUAUGGUUCUCUGUUUUCGGGUUCUGCUUCAAAACCUGCAAGCACCUCGGGUAGGAAUAUAUCCAAGCCUGACUCCUGCAGUUUGAGGAAAACACCUGGUUCAAAAGCCAAAGUGGGUCCUUCUGUCUGCUGUUUGAGGCAGAACAGCGACAGCAGAAGUCUCAAUUCUGAUCGAACCUUAUCUCCUCAGAGGAUCAGGCGUGUGUCCGCUUCUGGAAAACCUGCAUCAUUGAAAACUACACCGCCGUAUUGGGUGAAUUUGCCUCGACCACUUCCUAAAUCCAAAGCAUCUUUGAAAAGUUCUGUGCUGCGGAGGACAGGAAGCACCCCCUCGACCACCAGCACUCCCAGCGAUCUGAGCACUUUCAGCAAUAAUUCUGGCCACGCUGCUGCCAUCAAGUAUGAGGAGAAACCUCCAAAACCAGCAUUUCAAAGCAGUUCCUCAGGAUCCUUACAUUUGAAGCCUUUGGUACCCAGAGCUCAUGUACACUUGCUAAAAACUCCUCCAAAAGGUCCUUCAAGAAAAAAUCUAUUUACAGCUUUUAAUGUGGUUGAAAAGGGCAGGCAGAAGAAUCCUAGAAGUUUAUGUAUCCAGACACAGACGUCUCCAGAUGUGCUGUCUUCUGAAAAGACACUUGAAUUGGCACAGUACAAAACAAAAUGUGAAAACCAAAGUCGAUUUAUCCGGCAGCUCAAGCAGCUUCUUUCAUGUGGUAAUACCAAAUUUGAAGCUUUGGCAGUUGUGAUUCAGCACCUGCUGUCUGAGCGGGAGGAAGCACUGAAACAACACAAAACCCUGUCUCAAGAACUUGUUAACCUCCGGGGAGAGCUGGCAUGUUGCUGGCCAGGGAAGAACCAGAAAAACAGCAAAGCCUUUUCAGACUUUCCUUGAACAGGGGGAAGAGAAGCCUUGGCAGGAAGUGGAGGCCCAGCUGGGACCUGUGCUGGAAGAUCAGCUUGAAAAGAGGCUGUGUGGGCCAGAUCAGCCCACUUGCAAAUAAAACUUUGUCAAGACUAAUCAGCAUAGGGGGAAAAAAAGAUAACUUUUUACCUGCCUUAUCUUGCAGUCUUUUCAGCAGUGCUUCCGCAGGAGAAUUUAGCCCUAAUGCCUCAAGGUGUCCGCUGUAUGUGUGAGUUAACAUCACUCUUCUGGAUUUCAAGUUGGGAACAUUGCCAGGCAGAUCCUGCUUGAGAUUCUGUGCAUGGAGCUCAAAGAGGCUUGAGUUCUAGACCCAGUUCUGCUAUUCCAGUUUCCUCUUUAGUGGAAUGAGAUUUAUGACAAUGCCUGUUUUAUUCACUCAAGCAUUGUUAUAUUAUGUGAAACAGUAAAGGUCAGAGCACUUUGUAAAGUAUGAAGUGAGUUUUAAAGGUAAAGUGGUAAUAUUUAUGGGAGAAUUGAUUUGAUAGUGCAGGCAUUUUGUAAAGUAAAUUCCUAAUAAGUUAAAGUUAGUGGAAGACUUUGAAAUUGGUUCAUAUUAAUUCAUUGAUACAGUGCCCGAGAGCAAUCAGAAAGCCAUUUGUAGCUAAUUUUGAAAUUCGAAUAAAAGACCCUUGUCUACCACA